AUUAGAGGCACCAACAGGAAGCAAAGCUACAGUUCCUCCAUGUGAGAUCUCAGUACCAUCUAACAUUAAGAUCACAUAUAUUCUAAGAUGUCUGCUCCUGGAGUGUGCCUUAAUAUCAUUAAAGAGCGUCAGGAAAGUGAUGGCGUGGGGACCCUUAGGAACCCAAAGAAGUUUCUGGGCCAGGACUAUGAGUUGCUGCAACAGUAUUAUCUUAUCAGGAACAGAAGAUAUAUUGAUGACAUGUUUCCCCCUGACAACAGUUCAAUUGGGGAAAACUUGCUAAGUGCUGAAGACUUGGCAAAAGUUGAAUGGAUAAGGCCAAUGAACCUAGUGCCAAAUCCUUAUCUAAUUGUUGAUGGUGUGUCCAGGUUUGACUUUGCCCAGGGACGUUUGGGAAACUGCUGGUUUCUAGCUGCAGUCGGUGCUCUAACAUUUCAAAAGGAACUAAUUCAGAGGGUCUUUCCCACUGAACAGUCAUUUCAAAAGGAUUAUGUAGGAAUAUUUCACUUUAGGUUCUGGAGGUUUGGACGGUGGGUUGAUGUUGUAAUUGAUGACAAACUGCCAACCAUUAGUGGACAACUCAUUUUUGUACGCCCCCAAAUUCCUACAACUCCGCAAAGUCCUGGAAUUGUUGAGUUUUGGCCUGCUCUGUUAGAAAAGGCAUAUGCCAAAGUGUGUGGGUCUUAUGCAGACAUGAAAUUUGGCUGGGUAUCUGAAGCCCUGAAGGACUUUACUGGUGGUGUGCACAUGACAUUGGACCUCCAAAAUGAGAGCCCCCAAAAUGUGUUUGACCUGAUCUAUCGAGCAGCCAAAGCCAACUCUCUGAUGGGUUGUGGUACACCUGGAAAUGCACAGCGUAACCCCACGCAGAACAAUGGUCUAGUGGAGGGUCAUGCCUACACUGUCACAGGGGUCACCAUGGUUACAAGCAGUGGCAAACAGGUUCAGCUGGUAAGGCUUUUUAACCCAUGGGGACAUACAGAAUGGAACGGAAAUUGGAGUGAUGGGUCGAAUACAUGGUUGACAGUCACUGACGAAGAGCGCAAAACCUAUGCAAGGUUUGGCAAUGAUGGAGAAUUCUGGAUGUCUAUGGAGGAUUUCUGCAAAAGCUUCUGUCAGCUGGAUAUCUGCAAUAACUCCGCUGCUUUUCUGGACGGAUCAUGUGAAAGCCACUGGAAUACAUCAGUGUAUGAUGGCCGAUGGCUUGCAGGCAGCACAGCUGGUGGUCCAAUGACUUUUCCAAUUUCCAACAACUUCUGGACCAACCCUCAGUUUCCAGUCAAGAUCACUGAGAUUAAAAGGGCAUGUGAACCAAUAACAAAGAAAGAGCCAAAUAUACUCGUGUGUCUCAUGCAAAAACCUGACAAGAGAAACAGACGUCUCACCAGAAACCUUCACAUUGGUUUCUGCAUUUUCAAGAGGAAAACACCAGGGAGAAAAGAUUCUACUGGGACAUCCACAUGUUCCGUUGAUAAUACUCCGGUGUAUUACACCAAAGUGAUGUUUGAUUCACGUGAAAUAACACAGUUCAUGCGGCUGGAAUCAGGAGAGUACAUCAUGGUGCCAUAUACUUCAGUGCCCAAUAAAACUGCCUCCUUUAUCCUGAGCAUCUGUUCUAAGACAGAAACCCAGACAGGAGAGCCCUGUAUGAUGGGUGGCUCAGAUGAGACAAUCCAGCGGCAAUUAUCUGAUCAUUAUCAGGAAAUGAAUGCAGAGCAGCUUCAGAGAUUUCUAAAUGAGAACUAUGUUGGAGGUGGAACAUCAAGUACAGGAGGUUUUAGCUUGGAUGCUUGCCAGAGUAUCGUUGCUAUAAUGGAUAUCUCAAUCACUGGAACACUCAGUGCAUCAGAAUUUAACGAACUGUUAAAAAGAAUAGAUUUAUACAAGCGUAUCUUCUUCGGUGUGGACAACAACAGAGAUGGCAUUCUGUCACUGACAGAGCUUCGGCAUGCACUGGAAGCCACAGGCUUUCGGGUUAAUGAUAAGUUGCUGGAACUUAUAACUCUACGCUUUGCUGACUGCACUGGGCGAAUCACUCUGCCAAGAUUCAUCUGUCUGGCUCUACGUGUAACUUGCAUGUCUGAAAUAUUCAGAAAACUUGCUGACAGACAUUCUAUGAACCUCAAAGAGCAUGAGUGGCUGUACCUUACUAUGUACUCCUGAAGAAGUGGUGGAAACCAUGGGAAAGAAGCAUUUCUAUCUCAUAAAGUAUACUACAGCACAUUUCAUAUUAUUAUAUUGCUUAAUCUUUGAAAAUCUUCAUGGUGGGUUUUUUCGUAGUUGAAUAAAGAAAAACAAACGCACAAAAUUCCUACUAAAUUCUACCCCUGCUACUGUACAUGUUGUGGCAAAGCGAUUUAUGCACACUGCUCUGUUUUGUUGAUUCUCGUACUUUUACAAAUUACAUUCAUGAACUUUAUCUAGGAAAUAAUUUAGCAGCUGCCAACUUGUCUGGCUGGCAAAAGCAAAGGUCACAGAGUGGUUUUUUUUUCAAGCUUAUUGUACAAGAGCACUGUAUAAGCCCUUGUCUAGUUUUGUUUACAUUUAAGUAUGAAAGUACAUUUAAAAUGUCAGACCACACCUCUAAAACAGUGUGCCAGUUUCUCCUUACUGUAUACUGUUUCAACACAGCAUUAGCCUGCCAUCUAGUGGUACCAUGUAAUGGAACUGAACACAACCUCUUUCAACACCCACCACUAUCCUUAUCUUCUUGGGCAUCAUGGCCUUGAAUCAACUAUGGAUUUCAAAUGUACACUGGUUUUAACUUGCUGAAUUUCCUUUAUCGAUUUGCUUACUUAAAAGUUUAGGAGCAUAGGUUUUAUGUAGGGUUUUAUUCAACCUGCUCAUGUAUUUGGUUGGUGAGAGAGGGAGUGAGUGAGUAGGGAGCUUUUUUUCUGUUAACUGCUGAACGCUUUUGGAAACAUUAUUGGCACAAAUUGUAUGUGUUAAAUUAAAUACUACAAUCAAGCCAAUUUCACUGCUUUAAACUCUGAAUAAUGGUUAUAACUUCUUAAGAUAAAA